GUUUACGUUAAGGCACAGCGUUUAGCACACAUCAGGUAAAACAAGUUGCAAAUGAGCUGUCAGAGCGAUUAUAUCUGUGGCGCUUGAUCGAGGCGAAAACAGCAACAUCGAGUUAAUAAAUCCAACUCUCAGGGGAUCUUUUAGGAUGUGGGGACCAUCACAAUUCUUCUUGAUAUUGUGUGUCUGGGCUUGUUUGGAUGCGCUGCCAGUCGCUGUGGAUAAGACCAAAGUGAGCCCUCCUGCAGAGGAACUGGAGCCACCUAAAAGUGUUGACACUGGAUUGCACUAUGAUCGAUAUCUCAGAGAGGUUAUUGAUUUCCUGGAAAAGGACCCACAUUUCAGAGAGAAACUUCAUAACACAGACAUGGAAGACAUCAAGCAAGGGAAACUGGCUAAAGAGUUGGACUUCGUCAGCCAUCACGUGCGAACUAAACUUGACGAGCUAAAGAGGCAAGAAGUAAACAGACUGCGCACCCUAAUCAAAGUCAAACAAGACAUGAAUGGAGAAAAAGGUAUGACAGUUGACCACCAGGCGCUCCUGAAACAGUUUGAACAUCUGAAUCACAUGAAUCCGCAUACAUUCGAAGUGGAAGAUUUGGAUCGCCUCAUUAAAUCGGCCACUAAUGACUUGGAAAACUUCGACAAGGAACGACAUGAAGACUUCAAGAGGUACGAGAUGGCGAAGGAACACGAUCGGAGGGAACAUCUUAAAACACUGGAUGAGGAAGCGCGCAAAAAAGAGGAGGAACACUAUGAAGAGAUGAAAAAGAAACAUGCAGACCACCCCAAAAUCAAUCACCCUGGCAGUCAGGACCAAUUGAAAGAGGUCUGGGAGGAAGCCGACGGUUUGGAUCCCAACGAUUUUGACCCAAAGACAUUCUUCAACCUACAUGACACUAAUGGAGAUGGCUACUUUGAUGAGCAAGAGCUCGAGGCACUGUUUACCAAAGAGCUAGAGAAAGUCUAUGAUCCCACACGUGAAGAGGAUGAUAUGAUGGAAAUGGAGGAGGAGAGACUUCGCAUGAGAGAACAUGUGAUGAAUGAGGUUGACACCAACAGAGACAGGCUUGUUUCACUAGAUGAAUUUAUUACUGCCACAAAUAGAAAAGAAUUUCUAGAGCCAGAUGGAUGGGAGACUCUGGAACAGAAUCCAAUCUACACUGAAGAAGAGUUGAGAGAGUUUGAGGAGCAUCUUGUUCGAGAGGAGCAAGACCUGAACCUGAGGACAGAUGACCUGAUGAAACAGCGGGAGGAGCUGGAGAGACAACAGGAACAACUCAAUGCCCAGAAAAUGGAGCUACAGAAGGCGGUCCAGCACAUGGAACGGUUGAAAACACAGAAAACUGAGCUUCCAGUGCAGGCCAAAGUACCUUCUGCUGUGGAAAUCUUACCUGGGGACAGUCAGCCUAUGUCACAAGGUCACCAGCAAGACCUCCCCGCACAUUCUUAGCAGCUAAAGCUCUUCUGAGGGUCUGUUGUAUGUGUCAAAUAUUUCUAUCCUCACAUUCGAAAGGACCAUUUACUGUCUCUUAACAAAGACCUUGGCUUUCCUUGAAAUAAUUAGACAAAUCACUGUGGUGGUAGUAUUAUCAAACAUAAAACAAUAUUGAUUUAUGAUAUCCUAAAACCGGCUGCUGAAGUAUGUAAUUAGUUAACAGAUUUCUCUGUGGACAAUCACACUUUUCUUGACAGAUAGCAAGGAAAGGGACUGUACUUGAAACUUGUGUUUAGAGCAUUUAACUGUACUUUUAUUGUUUUGUGUCUGAUUUGCACAGUCUUUGCACACACAUGGCCAAACCUCAUAGCAUAUGUCUCUAUUCACAUUUAGGCAUUUAAUAUUAUACCUGGGCAAAAAACUGUUUGUGUGUAUCAUGUUAAAUGCCCUAUAAUUCAGCAUUCUUUUUUUUUUCCCUACAUAUUUUUAAAGAAAUAGAAAAGGCUAUAAAUAAAAUAGAAUUAAGCAUUCUUAUUGGUCGGCACUCCCAACAAACUGUGUAAAAUAAAGGUGUAGUGUAGUAAAUAAUACAUAGAUCAAUAGCAACAAUAUCAUCACUGUUUGAAAGUAAAUAGUGGUUUUUUUUUUGUUUUUAUUUUUUGACACUUUCAAGCUCCAAAUUACAAAACAAUGUUAUUCUGGCCUAUAUUUAAAUUAGGCAUCAGUGUAUUGUUUAUUUAUUUAUUUUGCUUUAGUCAAUACUAGAUUGAAUCCCAGUUUUGAUUAAUUACUGCCGCAACACCAGUUAAUUAUUUCAAGCUGUUUUUUUAUUUUAAUUCAUUAUGGUUUAAUGAUUUACAACCAGUGUUCUACUGUAAACAAUGUAUACAUUUAUAAAAUAUAGACAUCCAGUAUGGAUUGGUUGUUUGAUUGAUAGCUAAAUGUAAAUGACUUUACAUUUCUCUACAAUGUAUUAAAUUAUGUCACUUUCACCA